GGGUGGCAGAGCACUGGAACAGCUGCCUGGGGAGCUUGUGGAGUCUCCGUCUCUGGAGACAUUCAAAACCCACCUGAACGUGCGCCUGUGUCACCUGCUUUAGGUGCCCUGCCUUGGCAGAGAGGUUGGACUGGAUGAUCUUCAGAGGUCCCUUCCACACGUAACAACUCUGUGAUUCUGUGUGAGAUAUCUCUAAGCGUACAAGGGAGGCGGGCGUGCUGCCCACGCCUGUGAAGCAGCUGGCUGCUCAAAGCCGCCGGGGAGCGGCGAAUUGCCGCUCCCGCUGCGCGGCUGCCCGCGACCUUGGCGACAGGCGCAAGAGCCCCGAGUGGAGCGGAGCGCCGUGCCCUGCGCCCGUGGAGGCCGGCCCGGGGCCGCCCCGCCCCUCGCUCGGGCCGCGGAGCGGAGGCGGGGGCGGUGGCGCGGUCACCGCCCCGCAGCGCCGCCGGGCAGGGCCGGAGCGGCGGCUGGGCGGGCGCGAUGGGCGCGCUGCUGUGGUGGGACCCGCUGCGGGCCGGCAGCUCGGAGGUGGACUGGUGCGAAGACAACUACACCAUCGUGCCCGCCAUCGCCGAGUUCUACAACACGAUAAGCAACGUCUUGUUUUUUGUCUUGCCACCCAUAUGUAUGUGCUUAUUCCGUCAAUACGCAAUCUGCUUCAACAGUGGAAUAUAUUUAAUAUGGAUUCUGCUAGUCGUGGUUGGGAUUGGAUCUGUUUAUUUUCAUGCCACCCUCAGUUUCUUGGGCCAGAUGCUGGAUGAGCUGGCUAUUCUCUGGGUUCUGAUGUGUGCUCUUGCCAUGUGGUUCCCCAGGAGAUACUUGCCCAGAGUUUUUCGAAAUGACAGGAGCCGAUUUAAAGCUGCUGUGGGUGUCCUGUCUGGAGUUACCACCUGCCUGGCCUUCAUUAAGCCUGCCAUUAACAACAUCUCGCUAAUGACGCUGGGAGUUCCCUGCACAGCUUUGCUCAUUGCUGAGUUGAAGAGGUGUGAAAACCUGCGUGUAUACAAACUGGGUCUCUUUUCAGGUCUUUGGUGGACGCUAGCGCUUUUCUGCUGGAUCAGUGACAAAGUGUUUUGUGAGAUCUGGUCCUCAUUUAACUUUCCCUAUUUGCACUGUGUAUGGCACAUUUUAAUUUGCCUUGCGGCAUAUCUGGGAUGUGUCUGCUUUGCUUACUUCGACGCUGCCUCUGAGAUCCCUGAACAGGGCCCUGUCAUAAAGUUCUGGCCCAGUGAAAGGUGGGCAUUCAUUGGAGUUCCCUACGUCACCCUCCUCUGCGCACACAAAAAAACAUCCGUGAAGAUUACAUGAAGUUGGAGGCCAUGGAAUGGGGAUGGACUUUCAAGUUACAAUCAAACACAGACUAUAUUUAUGUAAUGAUAAAUGACUAGUGUUGUAUUUUCUCUUCUUCCUAAGAUAGGCAGCACUUCAGGUGUCAUAGGAAGAGGAGGGAAGUGUGUUCAUUCCUCUCUGAAGGAGAGGAAGCAGGAACAUGGGGGCACUUGAACACUAAAGUAACAAAAUGGCUUCUUUGUUUUUUGCACUGUGUUUUUGAUGUAGCGUUUCUCUUGAUAAAAGCUCUUUUCAAAUA